UCAAUAACUGAAGCAAGAGUAAAGACAUGGCAGGAGAGAAAUGCGCGUUUGAGCAAACUUUUUCUUUUAGUCCUCUCCCCUCCAAGAAGCCCUCCUUCCUACAGGACCGAGACACUUUAACACUGUUAAUGAAAUGGUCCAUGCUUGGGAGGAUUUCAGCUCAGUGUUACAGCUUUGACCAGUGCUUUUACCCCUACAGCAGUGAAAAGUUUGUACAGUGUUUCUUCAGAGAUCCCAAUGUGGUAUCCAGUCUGAGAAGGAUGGAGGCCGGAGCUUGGGUGCCUCUUGACAAGCCAGUGGUGUCCAUUGAUGUGGAGCAGGUGCUGUGCACUAAGGUCUCCAUGGAUCUGUUUGACCCAAUCUACUCUUGCGGGAUCCUGAGACCCUCUGGACAUGUAGUUAAAUGCUUUCAUGAUGUCUACCCCGACUAUGAUGAACUCAGACAGAUGCUGCAGGAAAAGGACUCUGAGCUCUAUUAUGUGGUUGGGAACGAGGAGCGAGCAGAGUUUCUGUUUAGACUCUUUAAGCACCUGUGUUUCGGAGGAGAGCUCUGUCAGUAUGAAGACACCAUCGAGCCUUACAUCAGCACCACAAAACAAAUCUACAAAGACCUGAUCAGUGUUCAAAAGGAUCCAGAGACGAAGAAGAUCAGUGUGCUCUCCACAGUCCUCAAAGUCUGCGCUUAUGACGAGUCUGGACUAUGUUACCCCGGCAGACGAGAAGAGGAGCAGAUGUUUGCCUAUUUGAUUGUCGACCCCUUGAAACGUCACGUGACUGUGUUCUACCACUGCUACGGUGUAGGAAUCUUCACACUGUGAUCGCAUGAACGUUGACAUUGUCCUGGAGUACUUGUCAGACUCCUGGUGGACAUGAGAAACACACAAGCUCAGACAUGGAGUCGUACCCAGAAAUCAGUUGAACACAAUGAAGUCCCAGUUUGAGAUACAGAGUUAAAGGAUUCAUUGUUUUUGUUCUAUUAAAGUACGUAAAUAAAAUGUUUUUAAACAGCCAUAAAGCCUGCCACUCUGUAAAUGUCAAACAUUACACAGCACUGAUUAGACAAAUAAAGAGACCAAAGUCGACAUACAGUCCAAAGAGCUUUAUUGAAACAAAUAAAUUAAUAAGUUACUCAAGUGAGCUAAUUUAAUCCUCAGCAGAUACAUUUUUGUAUCUCUUUCAAAGAUCAAAUAGAGGUGUGCAUUAGUUUAGAAAAUAAGAUGAGCGCCAUAUUUCAUCAACCAGUAGCUACAUCAAUUGGAAUCGGAAGACUUUGUUGGCUUUUAGCGUUUUGCUUAUUGCUUUGAUCAGUUUCAUUUUAACAACAGUUCCAACACCUAAGAGCGCAGUUAAAGGGCAACGAGCUGGAAUGUCAAAUGGCAGCAAGUCAGUGGUUGAUGGAUGGUUGGGCGUCGUGGAGAAGAACAGAGUGAAAAAAGAGAACGUGCAGAUUGAGUCAUGCAUAGCAUUCAGUCAGUUAGACAGACAAUCAGUUACUGUUUCUCAUACUCGGAUUUCUAGACUAGCGCCCCCUAGUGGCCUCAGAGGUAGUUGUGUGGAAGCCAUAUUCUCUAUGUGACAUGCUUAUGAAAGGACACAUGCCUGCAGAGUUUUCCUGUGACGAUACAAAUGUCCAUGCCUCCAGAUCUGACUGGCGUUAAAAUACAGUAAGGGUGUCAAUGCGAGGAGGUCCCGGCAGAGUUACAAUGAUAUGCUACACAUAUAGUAAUAUUCUCAGAAAAUAUCAAAGGUUGCAGCAGUCAUAAAAGACCCCUAAAAAUUACAUAUUCAGAACGAUUUUGAUGGUGUUUCUUCAGUUAGGCCAAGGUUUUGGGAAAAAAAAAAAAAAAAAAAGAG